AUGAGCCAAUUAGCCGUCCGACCGGGGCGCAAUGCCGCCCGAGAAGCCAAGAGGCUCAAGGAAGUCCGCAAGGUCAAGGGCGCCAUUGUAUGGACCGAGCGGGAACGAGAGAAGCGACAAAAGCUUGCCACGGAGCGCUGGGAAGCCAAACAGGCCCACCAAGGUCUCCAGAGAUGGGAGAAGGAACAAGUCAGGGAUGUUCGAACAGCGGCGUUGAGGAACGCAAAGGAAGACUGGCGACUGGGCCCACUGAGGCCAAAUCGUGCCAUUGGUAAAGCUGGGGAGAAGUAUGGAGCCCUGUCGGGGCAGGCGUUGCAAACGCCUGACAUACCCGUACAUGCGUCAAAGAGCAGGAACGAGGCAAGGGCGAGGCGAGGUCUCGAGUUGGAGUACCCAUUGGUGGUGGAUGACAAAAAAUACUUCCCCUUCGUCAAGGAUGAUCGUGUGGUUGUCAUCAAGGGAAGAGAAAAGGGCAAGAUCGGUGUAAUACAGUCUGUCAACGACCGCACGCAUGGCGUCUUUCUCACAGGCUUGAAUAUGCACUACUACGAUGCUGAUGUAUUCGGCCUUAGUGGAGACGGUGGCGGUGCGAAACGCGCAAACGAAGUGCCUAUCCCUAUAGAAGACCUCCGUCUUGUUGUUCCGUACGAGAUGACCGAGAAAAGGGUUGUCUACGACGCAGAUGGCCAGGAGCUGGAGAAACCUAUCAAAUACUAUACAGAUGUCAUCGUCGACAAGAUCUUUAUGGAGCGACACACUACCGGCAUAGAUCCAUUCGAUGGUACCAACUACGGUGACCAGGAGAUUCCAAAGGAGCACCAGUACGACCCGCAAACUGGCCUCCCCAUCUUCCACCGCUACAUUGCCGGCACAAAACACAGACUCGACUGGCCAUGGGAGAAGGAAGAAGUCGAAGAAGACGCCUCAGCACUAGCAACCGCACAAGCAACCGCACCUGAAAAGAAGAGCCUCUUCCAAAAAAUACGCCACCCCAUCCAGACCGUCAAGAGCUGGAAGACCAAGGACACCGCCGCCGUCACCGCCGCCAAAGAAACCGAAGAAAACCUUUCAGAGCGCCUCGACGAAAUCGAGCAGGAAGUCAUUCAAGCCCGCCGAACCGAGGCACCCACAAGCCAAGAUCCCAAAUUCCCCAACGCAUAUGAUGUCACAGACACGACGCGCAACAUCAUCGAAGCGCCCGCAAACGUGCACUACACAAUCCUCUCCACGCCGUUCCCUCCAACGCUCGGCGAGGAAUUGCGCGGCUACAUGCAGGAAUACACCGCCGAGUCGCGCAAGAAGGACAAGGAUGAUGGCGUUGAAGCUCCGGCGAAGAAGCGCGCGAAACACAGGACGGAGCACGCGCUUGUGGCAAGCCAGAUGUCCAAGGCGAAACACGCGGCGGCGCAGCAGAUGAAGACGCCCAUGCAGUUGCGAUGGGAGAUGGAGCGUGCGAAGAAGGUGAAGAAGGCGCCGUUGGUUAGUACGGAUGAGUUGGUACGCAAGUUGAGCGAGUAUCGGAUGACGAAGAGGGGGGUUAAGGUGGAGGAAUUGGACUAGUUGGGGCUUGUAGCAUAUGCUGAUGUAUAUUCCAUGUAACAUAUGUAUACGCUCUUGUAUUCAGAACUCGUUUUGAUUCGAACUUUCGAGAGCGAGAAAUUGGGGU